AUUAGUUUGAUCGAAGAGGAACUGAAGGUGUUGUCUUCAUUUAAGCUCUCCGUACACUUUUGACCAACAACCUACCAUCCAUACUCCCUAGCCUCCGGAUUGUCACCGCAAAUAACUUUUCCAAGAUGCGCGACGCACACAAGAUUGUGAAUGGAUCCAGGCACUCGCCUUUAUACCCGAUGAUUGUGCAACUGACAGUGCUCGCUAAUUCCCUAGCAUUUUUCGGCGAAGAGUUGGAAACUGCGCGUCUUUUACCGAGUUGGUUAGCUCGACCUAUAGAACAACUUCUAGCCGAGAUGCUAUCGUCUCAUCGAACGAUUUUUGAUACUUUGCUACCAGUCGCGGAGCAACGAUUGCUCGAAAAACAUUUGGAAAAAAUGGGGCAAACCAUCCCCAGGCAUCACGACUGUAUCCAAUGGAUCAUGGAGACGGUACCAAAGAAGAAUCCAUGGACAGGACAACGAAUUGUUCAUGAGUUAAUGGCGAUUUGGUUUGGAUCUGCCCAUGCACUUUCCACAACCAUAAGUUUUGCCAUCCACGACUUAUGCCUGCACCCAGAAUAUGUGGAUCCAUUACGGGAAGAAAUUGAAGGGCCCGGAUAUGCUCUGUUUGAACAAACGGCCCAGGGCUUGCCUCUUGAUAGCUUUAUCAAAGAAUUAGCUCGUCUAACAACCCCCCUUCUCAAAGUGAGCACCAGGAGACAUGCUCUACAACCAUUUACCCUCUCAGAUGGAACAAGAGUUGAGAUUGGAGAUUGGGCUUGUACUCCGGUUCAAGCCAUGAUGCAGGACCCAAAAGAAUACCCCGAACCGCUUCAAUCUCGAGGAUUUCGAUUCGUCAAUCUAGUGCUUCUUCCUGGCCCAGAAUUUCCACAGAUUAAUCGAUAUGCUCGACCAACUCAUGCCAAUUUCUUGACGAAAGGCUAA